AUGAAGAAGCGGAACCAGAACAGUUACACCGGCGGCGGUGGACGCAAGAACGGACCGCGUGUUCGGCUGGACAACGCCACACCGACGAAAGCGGCCAGAAGAAACCCUUUCCAGAUCAAGGUGAAUAGAAAGAACAGUCUACUGUUGCACGAGAGACUGGUGACGAAGCUUCCCAACGUGUCGUUGUUUUCACCCGCGUGGUUCCUCUUCGUCUUCGAACACUACUGGUACGACGACGUAGAAAAACGUUUGGUCGAGAUCGACGGGCGCGUCGCCAACGAGACUCGGACCCUGUGUCCUCCGGCACAUCGCAUCUGGCGAUGGGCGGAACUGAUACCCGACCCGAUGGACGUCCGUGUGGUGAUAGUCGGUCAGGACCCGCACACCCGGGUGACGGCCGACGGCACUCCUAUGGCGGACGGUCUGGCAUUCAGCGUGUCUCGCGAGUAUUACAGUCGCGUGAAAACACUACCACCGAGCCUCGUGAACGUCUUGAACGCCGUACGCAAGGUACCGGUCUUCAGAGGGGACGGCGUGAACGAAGCGCUCAAAAGUGAAGUUUUGGAAGGCGAUUUGCAACACUGGAGCCGACAGGGUGUGUUGUUGCUGAACGACGUGCUCACGGCGCCUGGCACCAGCGGUUGCGCCAAUUCACACAGAGAUUUUGGUUGGAACUACGUGACAGACGCCGUUGUCCGCCGUCUCGGCGAACACCGGAUGCCGCAUCGCGUGUUCUUCAUGCUCUGGGGCCGUUUCGCACAAGAGUCCAAGGAGCACUUGAUAUCGUGUACCGACCGAGGACGUGGCGGUGUGAAGCACCGCGUCUUCAAGUCUCACCACCCGUCCCCGUUGGCCGUGAACCGCAUGGGAGAAUUCGAUUACGAACAGUUCGCACUGUGCAACAAGUUAUUGGAGAAAGACGGUUUACAACCCGUCCAGUGGGUGUAA